UGGUAGUUAUAGCAUACAACAAUUCAUUUAUAGGAUAGAUUCCAAUAAGUUUCAUAGUUUAGCUCUUUUCAUAAUUUGAAGGACCUUUUUGUCAGCUCUAAUAUUGAUUAUUCUCAAGAUCAUUCUUUCAUCAAUUAGUAAUAAAUUGUGCUUCUACCAUCUUAAAAGAAGAAAAUGGAUAUUGAAGAUGUUUCUAGGACACUCUUAAAUAUUUUAGAAAAACUCAGCUAUUUAAAGGAAGAAGAAUGUCUUCUCAUGAACAAAAUAUAUUUUAUUUCGAAUAUAGUCCAGAAAAAUCUUGAUUUGUGCUCUUUCAUGAUUCAUUAUGUUUACAGUAAGCUUUUAAUAUCAUAAUAGAGCUUGAAGCAAGGAAUGAGUCAGGAUCAAGCAAAACAUUUUUGAGUUGGAUGCUUUAUGGCAUUUAUGUUUCUUACUAUAGAAUAUCUAAACUCAAAAUAUCCAAAUCAUUUCCAAACUUUCAUCUUACUAUUCAAUGCAUUAGGAUAUAUCUGUACUCAUUUAGCCUUCAAGAUUACUUCCAAAGGAAGUAUAAAUUCGCUUAUUCCAAGCAUAUAUCUGUACCAUUUUUAUCUUUCAACCCUGGCUCCUUCCAAGAGACAUCUUAUGAGUUUGAUCUUCGCUCUGACAGUUGUAAUGCACACUUCAAUUGCUACAUACCAUUUGGGGGAAAUCGAUGAAGAACUUAUUGUUUCAGGCCUCAUGAGCGUUCUAUUAUCUGACCUUGGCCUCAGGACUAACCAAGCAAGACUCUCUCAGAUGUACCAGAUGAUUUUGGAAAACACAAAGUUGGCUGAAGAGAAGCUGAAGGUUGUGCAGGAAUUUCCUCACCCAGUUUUGAUACUACCUCAACAGAUCGAAGAGUCUUCGAAUUGAUAUUCAAAUGAAGAAUUUGAAGAGAAGAUCCAACCAUUAAACCAGGAGAUACAAGAACUUAGGCACAUCCAAGUCAAGAUUGAUAAGAAAGAUUCGUUGAAGAAUCACCAAGAAAGAUGAUCUCUUCUCCAAUAUUUGGGGGAAGGUCAUAGGCUGGAAAAGAAUCAGCCAAAAAGAUUGAAAAGAGAUGCAAUCAUUCAUUCCAGAUAUUUCUGCAAUAAAGACUUUCCUUCUUUACAAGAUUCCAUAAAUGGAGAAGAAGACGAGCAAAAACAGCUACAGAGAAACUUCAAUAUUAAAUCUCUAAAAAUUGAGUGGAAAGGAGUUCCCUCAGUGAUGCAUGUCUUCAUUGACACCACUGACAUCAUCAAGCUGGAGCAGGCGAAAAACAGGAUCAAGAUGCAGAAGAUAAUGUUCGCAAGCGCCAGUCAUGAGUUCAGGACUCCACUGAAUGCAAUCAUUCACUCAUUCAAUUUCAUUGAGAUCAGCUUUGAAGACUUACUGAAAAUUCUGCACCAAAGAGGUGUCGAAGAAUUGCUAGGGAACUCAAAUUUCUGAGAACAAGUAGAGAUUAUUUUGAAGUUCCUCAAGACUGGUUCUACUUCAUCAGUAUUAUUGUUAGCUUUAGUAGAAGACAUCCUGAACUUAUCCAAGAUUGACAAUGGAACUAUUACUACAAAGAGUGACUUUUUUCACAUUCCCGACCUUCUUCGUGAUGUUCACUCCUUAUUCUCUAUUCAGUGAGAGAACAAGGGAAUUGAGCUGACUGAAGAAUUUGAUGAGACUCUUCAAUUAUGUGAAAUCAAGAGUGAUUGUAAAAGAAUCAAGCAAGUUUUGCUGAAUUUGGUUUCAAACUCUUUGAAGUUCACCUUUAGUGGGUUCAUCAAGAUUAAAGCUGAAUUUUUCAAGACUCUUGAGGGCUCUGAUUUCAUAGAGUUUAGAGUUCGCGACACUGGCACUGGUAUUAAAGAGCAAGACCAAGAGUGUCUGUUCCAAUUGUUUGGAGUCGUUGAGAACAAUGGGAAUCUCAAUCCUGAUGGCUGUGGGCUAGGCCUAACAAUAAGUAAGAAAUAUGUAGAAAUGCUUGGAGGGGAUAUUAGAGUUGAGUCAGUAUAUGGAGAAGGAACAGAGAUGAUAUUUACAAUCCUUAUUAAAGAUAUGAAAAGGCUUCCAUUUCAGAGACCAAUGCAGCAGAAUUUGAGCUCAAGUUUCUUUGAUGAUUUUAUGAAAAAUGUAUCUGGUCUUGAACCCAAAAUCAACGAAGAAUAUAGCGCAAGAUUUAAAGCUAACAGAGAGGUUCCUGCAAGUAAAUGCAAUGUUUCUAGGUUCUCUUAUUAACAACUUUCUUG